UAUGUGAUUAUAUUCCAAAGGCCGGCGGGAGAAACAUCAGAUCACACUUGAGAGCUUGUCCUAGGUAGUUCGGGCCGACUUUAUCUGUUAACCUUCUUGUGAGAGAAAUAAGGAACAAUACCUGGAUAAAAACAAUGGCGCUUACGCUUGGAGACCUGUCACAACACAGCAUCCACGGCAUGACCAAUGAUAUGCUGUGGUCCGAGAUGGAUGAUAUCCUCUUGGAGAACUUCUCUGACUACCCGGAGGGCCUAGAGCAGCCUGGUUUCCCCUUGCUGAUGCCCAACGGCCCUCCUCGUCCCGAGACCAGCUCGCCGACUGGCACUGUAUCCAGCCUCUGCAGCAGUGAUGGCGGCAGUGCCUGCGUCUCGCCUCCUCCAGCCCUUAGCGAGGAGUAUACCGACCUCUUGGACCUGGACUUCAUCCUGAACAACACGGUCUACGGCCAGGACGAGGAGAUGCCCAUUGGCAUCAAGAUCAAGGAGGAGCCGAUGAGCCCCGCUGGGAGCAGCUGCUGCGGCAGCAUGGAGGCACCAUCUCCCAUAGCCCUGCCCGAGAUGGACAAUUUCCUGAACUUGCCCGAUAUCUCCUUGGAGCGCUUCGCCGGGCCAGAUGUGAAGCCUUUCCUGGUGCAGAUGCAGCACCAUCAGCCCCAGCAGACCACAUUGCACCACCUAGCAACCCCACAUCCCCAGCAGCAACAGCAGCAGCUGUCUCCUCCUUGCUCUCCACAGACUGUGCCGGAGCUUCCGUCCUACGCCGCCCACCACCAGAUGCAAGCCAGGCAACACAUGCUGAUGAUGUCCUUCCAACAGCAGCAGCAACAACAGCAGCAGUCGCUGCUGACGCCCCCAAACACUCCCCCGUCCUCUCCGCUCCUGGAUCUGCUCCGCAACACCCCAGCCGACACCAACAUGCCUCCCCCUCCGACCCCGGGAGCUCCCCAGAUCGUCCGGAAGAAGGGCCGUCGUGCCUGGGGCCGCAAGCGCACCACCACUCACACCUGCACCAACCCCGGCUGUGGCAAGACCUACACCAAGAGUUCGCACCUGAAGGCCCACAUGCGCACCCACACGGGCGAGAAGCCUUACCACUGCAACUGGAAGGGUUGCGGGUGGAAGUUCGCCCGCUCCGAUGAGCUGACCCGCCACUACCGCAAGCACACCGGCGAUCGCCCAUUUCAGUGCCACCUCUGCGAUAGAGCGUUCUCACGUUCAGAUCACCUGUCAUUGCAUAUGAAGCGCCACAUGUGAACUUGUACGUCACAAACUCAUCAUGAAUACUUGACACUUUGUUUAAUGUUAAUGUACAUGCAAAUUUCAAGGGUACUUUUAAAGAAACACUACCGUAUCUUCAUUUAUGGAAAUAUCUCCACAUGAUACUUUACUUGUUUUCUUAAAACUAUUUGAGUGCCUAUUUGUAUUUGCUGUACACUUUCGGGUGAAGUUCUCGGACUUGGUUCAAUUUGGUUUUCAAACCGAAGAAAUGGCCAAUACCGAUGAGCUACCGACGAAGCCAAAUCGUGCCUGGGCCCAGUGUUCGGCAGGUUGGCUGGAGGGCGUGAGAGAGGCAGGUCUCCGUGGCAUACUGGAGAAGGAAUGGAUUAAUUUCUCCCAAUUUCGACACCGUGUCGAUUUGCCCCCCCAAAAGACAAAAAGUCUAUACGGAGACCUGCAUGCGAAGUGUUUUAUAAGUUAGGAGAAUGUAAACAUCUGCAUGAAAAAUAAUUUCGAUCACUGUUUUGGCAGAAGUUUGUCACUUUUUUCGCUAUUUUAAAAAUGUUUUUCAUAACUACAAGGAAGUGGCGAAAAAGUUUGAAUUGUAUAUAAAACUGAUGUUCACGAGGUAAAUCCAGUUCACAACGAAAGUCUGCAGUUUGUUUCAUCGGUACAUUAUCGCAGUGCGCAGAUCAGACAAAUCACAACAGUGGACACAGUACUAGUGGGAUAUCUUUAUUUCUGACACAAACAUGCCAUGUUUUUGCUUUGCAGCUAUUGCAUACGCACGUUACGCUGAUUAUAUAGUGCAAUUUAAAUACGAGUACUACUUGUAGUUUAUUUUAGAGAUAACUCCAACUUGGAUUCAACCGGAAAUUCUGGCACAGUAAAAAAAAUGCAUGCCCAAUUUAGCACCUUAUCUACAUCGUUUCAGCUGGUCUGCUAGCAUUAUUAUCCUGUGUAAUUUGUGAGUAAUUUUGUAUGUUAUCAACUCAUAAUUAUUCCUGACCUUUGUACCUGAGAUUUAUAGUAUUAUAUUGUCGUUGAAUUGGCGAUGUUUAUUAAUUGCUACCAAUUGGAGAGGAACGCAUUGAAUAAAAGACCACUGGCUGGUCGCCCGAGAAACUGAA